CCGACCACGAUGAAGACCAGCACCGCCAAAUAAUUGCCGCUGGCAGUCAAAACUUGAAAACCGAUGCUCAGCCAGCGUCUACGCGCUUGGACUGUAACUCACACCGGUUCGAUUACGGUGUUCCGUGUAUGCCAAAUUUCGACCUUAUCAUGCAAAGGGAAAGAAUGAUUAUUACCAUGUACGUGAUCGCCUGAAUUUGGAGUACUGACCGGUGAGCACAAUGCCGCUCUCUGUGGCUAACUCAUUCAGAUCUCGAAGAUACAGCGUGCGCAGCAGCGCUGGAUCGAGAGCAGGUGAACCAAAAUGCGAAGUUAUGCAAGAUGACAGCAUUACACGCGCUGCACUGCAAGCGCUGUCAUAUCGUCAGAAAGUGGUGAUCAUCCUCGGAGCCGCUGCUCAGACGUUACAGUACUUUGCGGAAAGUAUGGUCCCGCUGCUGCUGCCACCCGAAGCAAUUGCGAAAGGUAUUUCCCACAUCCAGUACGGCAUAAUUAUGGCCGUGACACCGCUGAUGUUUGGACUGGUGGAUCCAUUCACGUGUUACAUAGUUCCUAUUGUGGGCAUCAAACCAGGAUUUGUGGGGUCCACGCUGGUUGCCGGUGCGGGUUAUCUGAGCUUUGGCCUGCUGCAUUGGUCAGUCCAUGAAACGGUUUUCUUUAUUUGUGCAACGAUUAUCAGAUUUAUUUUGGGAAUCAACUUUGCAGUGACUAUUAUUGUGGGACUGGCAAUGAUGUGUCUGAUUUUGGGCGAAUCAGCCGGUUUGGGAUUUGCAAUAGGAACUUUUGCGGAAGGUUUCGGAUACACACUCGGACCGCUUAUCGCUGGACCAGUGGCCGAGAUGACCGGUUUCGCGGCCCCUUUCGUGCUUGCUGGCAGUUUCAUGUGCAUUUUGUCGAUUGUUUCGCUAUUAAUACUGGAAAAGCAACUUGUUUCCGCGGAAAGCGUCAAAUUCCGAUGGCGCGAUAUAAUAGAUUUGCUUAGAGACCGAUUGGUUAUCGCUUGCUCGAUUAUCCUGGCCAUUUCCAGUUUCACGUGGAUGAUGGUGGAGGCGACUCUGGAGCAGCAUUUAGCCGAAUAUGAGUAUGGUUUAACCGUGGAAGGAAUGAUCUUUACCCUCAGCAAUGCUUCAUACGGUUUGACGGCGCCGCUGUGGGGCUAUCUUGGGAAAAAAGAAAAAUUUGCCUUAUAUUCUGUACUGUUCAGCCCAUUUCUUGGGGCUCUGGCCAAUAUAUUUCUUGGUCCAGUUCCUGGACUAGAAGCCUUAGAUGGUCAUUUAGGUUUGGACAUUGCCUGCUUAGUCGUUGUACGGAUCAGUAUGUCCAUAGCUAUUGUUGGAUCUUCAUUAGUGAUGCUCCAGCAAGCUGAAUCCCAAGGCUUGGAACACAAUGUGGCCACAUUUGCACUCAUCGGAGCAUUAUGGUACACGCCGUAUUGUUUCGGGGAAGUAAUCGGAACAAUAUCCGGUUCCCAUAUUUUUGCUACAAAGGGCUUCUCGAUGUUGACCUUAGUCAAUGUGGUUUUCCUACUGGUUGGCGGCAUUAUUUCGCUGUUGGUUGCAAUUUGUUCUCGAGACCGUCGACAUUAUAUUGUCAACCUACAUUGGCCGUUAGCGUUCUUAUCGAGGUCUUUUGGAAAUUUCACCCGGUCCCCCAAAACUCUGAGGGAACAAGAUCUGAAAAUGUGGAAUGGCCAAAAACCCUUAUCUGUUUCCAGUAAUUUUAAGUCAUCCAAAGUGAAUUACGGGGCCAUUUCUGCUGAUAUUGAUUCUUAAGCGUGUUAACGUUGUUUUGGCCUUGUCCUACAUGAUUCGUUCUUAUAUCGUACGUACCUGAAAUGUACGGAUACGUCGUAUUACUGCUGUAAUAUACUUUGCUGCAGCAUUUUUGUUCUGUGAUACAAAUACAUAAUUAGGUUCUUUAGCGCUGGGCGUAAAAAUCGAAUGUACUGUAAAUUGGACGGACAUGUAGUCAUUAUGUGUCUGAUGUCAAAAA